AUGAAGGCAUUCGUCUUGGUCAGUUUCCUGCUUGCCUGCAGUGCCAACGGUUUCUACGUCUUCGAUUUGACCGAUGACGAGACACGUGAUAUAUACGCUGCACAGGAUUUGAAUAAUCGGGUAUUCUUUCAUCUGUACACCAAACAGACUGGACACAAUCCGCAACAAUUGUUCCUGAACGACGUUAACAGAUUAAAGAACAGUCACUUCAAUCCAAACAGACCAACGAAAAUCAUUACACACGGGUGGCAAAACUCUGAUAGAAGCGAAUCUGUUGUCCUGGUUCGCGAUGCUUUCCUUCAACAUGGUGACUACAAUAUCAUCACCAUUGACUGGAGCGCAAUAUCAGGACUAGAAUAUAUUCAUGCCAGUAGGGACGUUUUGAUGGUCAGCAAGUAUGUCGCUACCAUGAUUGAUUUUCUUCACUCACAAGGAAUGAAUUUAAAUCAAGUAACCAUUGCCGGCCACUCUCUUGGAGGUCACGUUGCUGGAUUGGCAGCCCGUUACGCGAAAGGCACAGUGAACCACGUUGUCGCUUUAACGAAUUCGGGCGGUCUUGGCUACAGCUCCGCGAUCGGGGACAUCGACUUCUAUCCGAAUGGCGGCGUCCAUCAGCCUGGUUGCGUAGUGAAUGUCAUUGGGGUCUGCUCGCACUUAAAGGCGUACAAGUUCUACGCGGAAUCUAUCAACAGCAGGACGGGCUUCUGGGCCCUGAAAUGCAAAAGCUACGACGACUUCAACAGAGGUGGCUGUAGAUUGAAUGAAAGGGCUCUUAUGGGUGGCGUUGUGCCAAACUACAACGCCAGGGGUAGCUAUUUCUUGAAAACGAACGACAAGUCACUGUACGAAAAGGGAGGGCUUUAAGCUGAUUCGUCAUCAGAAAUCAUCCAAUGUAUUGUACUAGUAAUAUGUACCGUGUUUUUGUAAAUAGAUAUGGAGUGAAAUUGAGAGAGUUGUCGUAGGUUCGACAUUUGUAUUCAUAGAAGAGAACUGGAAUUCAGUUUAUUUGGACUGUAAUGCUAUUUUUUCAAGGGUAGCAUUUUAAAGUCGAUAUGUAUCACAGCGAUUGGAUCUUACCUCCAAUAAAUUGGCGUUACGGGUAGAAAGCAGCGUUAUCGUCCAAUAAAUAAUGACGAUGUUAUUUUGCGUUGAUCUCAUAGUCCGUAAUAAGAAUUUACUUAAUUAUGUAAUUAAUUCUGAAUGUAAUAAUUCAU